UACGCACAAAAAACGCGCACGCGCCAUCGCUAUUCCUAAGGUUCUCUCGUGUUGAGGUUCAUAGUGAAAAGCUAGCUAGCUGUCAUGUCUGAGAAGAAACAAACUGUAGACUUGGGCUUGUUGGAAGAAGAUGAUGAGUUUGAGGAAUUUCCAGCCGAAGAUUGGACAGGCCUGGAUGAAGAUGAGGACGCUCACGUGUGGGAAGAUAACUGGGACGACGAUAACGUAGAGGAUGACUUCUCCAAUCAGCUGAGAGCUGAACUCGAGAAGCACGGAUACAAGAUGGAGACAUCGUAACAUUGACCAUUGGCCAUCAGGAAAAUGGAAUAGAAUUCGUUUUUGUUUUUUAAUUUUGUGCUCCCAAACUGUUUGUGUUAAUAGUUGUUAUAUUAAAGCUGUUCUCUUCCUA